ACUCAGUAUGCACCGAUCAUCUCCCUAGCGUUGAAAGUUGUGAACACACAACAUCUGCCACUUCGCGCGACCGGGUUGAAAAACAAAGAAGAGAGUGCCACGUAAAAUGGUGAGAGCUCCGCUGAGCAGGGCGCCUUUAAUUCCUCUUUAUCAGCAGACCAAAUAGCUAACAUUGCCGUCGUCUCUCCUUCUUUUCUUUCGCGUGUUUAUAACGCAGUCUAGCAAGUUCCUGAACGACAAGAAGAAAAAGCUACAGGCGUUUAAGAACACGACCAAUGCCAAUGACUCGAUGGCAAAGUCGUACUUGGAGAAAUUCAGCUGGGACCUCAUGCGCGCUGUUGACGAAUUCUACGCGAACGGCGGGGAAAGUCUAACGCCAGUGAAAAAGUCGACGGUCUCCAUGGACGCAGUGAACGCGUGGUUCGAUAACUACAUAGACCCUGAUGACGACGAGGACACGAUCAAUGAGGAAGGUAUUCUUAAGUUCUGCGAGGAUAUCGGCGUGGACCCGCAGGAUCUGGUGGUGCUAGUGAUCGCGUGGAAGAUGCAGGCGGCUUAUAUGUGCGCCUUCACGCGCAAGGAGUGGCAGAAGGGCAUGCAGGAGAUGGGUUGCGACUCUGCCGCCAAGCUGAAGGCCAAGAUUCCGCAGUUGCGCGAAUCCAUCGCGAGCGAGAGCGAGUUCAGGAAGUUCUACUGCUUCUGCUUCGGUUUCUCCAAGGAGCCUGGCCAGAAGAGCCUCAGUAUAGAUAUCGCAGUGGCUAUGUGGGAGCUGCUUCUCCCCGCACGCUUUGAGAAGCUCACAGCGAGCUGGCUGGCCUUCCUGGCCGAGAAGAAGCCCGUCAAGGGCGUGACUCGCGACACGUGGGAUCUGCUGUUCGACUUCUUCGUAAAAGUGCGCGAGUCCUACGACAAUUACGACGAGAACGAGGCCUGGCCCGUGCUCAUUGACGACUACAUGAUGUGGAUAGACAGCAAGAAGUAGUCAAUGCCACCAGCGGCAGCUUCAAAAAGCUUAUACAAACAACAGUUCUACAACAUGCAUCAAUCCUGAGUAUGUACUUCAACACUGUACCAUUUCUCCGGCACAUUUUAUUCACUUGAGCGGGUAUCGAGUUUUCUAG